CAAAGUGGUCAGAGUCCAGAGAGUUGAGCAGUCAGACAGCAGACUACUAGCAACAAGAAAACAUUUCCAUCUCACUCUCCUGAAGCUGCACUACCCCACUGAGAAGAUGAAGGUCUCCGUGGCUACUCUUUUUCUUCUUAUCAUCAUCCUCGCUACUACUCCUGCUUUGUACGGCCAGUCAAGAAUUCCUGAGUCAGUGAACUUGUCAUCUUACUGCUGUGUGAAGUAUCAAGAGAAAGUAUUGCCAAGGAAACUGGUGGUGGGAUACAGAAAGGCCCUCUCCUGUCACUGGCCAGCAAUCAUCUUCGUCACCAAAAAGAACCGGGAAGUGUGCACCAACCCCAACAACAACUGGGUCCAAGAGUAUAUCAAGGAUCCCAACCUACCUUUGCUGCCACCCAAGAAAUUGGCCCAGGCUAAAAGUAUUAGAUCAAGGAAAGGUCAACCAUAGCUCCUCAACUCUCCAUGAUGAUCAGGCCUCAAUGGAAGCCCAGGUUUGAGGAAAGAAGAAGUAAACUUACUAAAAUUUAAGCAAGCAGUCUCAAGGGCUGAACCAGCACAGCCACAUUCAAAGAAAAAGCCAAUGAUCAAAAUAAAGGAAAAGUAUUUCAAAUAUUUUCUCAAUCAUGCCAAAUUAAGGGAGAUGGUAGAGAUACAGUCUUAAUACACAGAAAAACCUCUUCUACAUCCUUCUCUUUGCUCUGCUUGCAGUUCCUCACUUCAUACCAAUAUGCCAGUCAUUCUAAAUUAUCAUUCCAAUUUCAACAAGCCAGAUCAUCUUUGAACUCUGAGUCUUGACCUAUUAAAAGCCCUGCAGAAUGCUUGACUUUUCCUGCCCAUCCUUAUACUUUUCUGGAUCUAUUUUUCUUCCAUUAUUCUUUUCUUUUAAAACAUUACUUUUUCUUAGCAUGGCAGGGUAAGACUAUUCCUGUGUCAAUUAUUUUUGUCCCUGUUGCAGGAGCUCUGCUGGAUCCCCCAUAUUAGGUCUUCCUCAAGGUGGUAAGGAUACAGAGUGCCUGAAAAAAAGCACAAAUCUCUAGCUCCUAUGCUAAGUUUUGCAGGGCAGGGAAGGGGAAUUAGAUUAUGUUGAGAGUAAGCUCGUAGUCUAAAGCUCAAGCUUGCAAUAAAUUAACCUCCUAAUUGUCAACUUGA